GAAUAGUGGGUAGCAGUAAACUAGCCACAGAAAGCUGGAUCAGAAGGCAGAUUUAGAAGUGACAGCUACCCAGAAACAGGAGAGGAGGUCAGGCUGAAGAGACAUUGAACACAGGCUGCAGUUCCUGGAUGUUUUUAGCCCACACAGAGGAUCCAGCUAUAAAGAUCUGCACAGAGAUCAUCAAAGCCAAAUGGCCAAACAUUCUGCAUCAGGCCAAAAAUGGCUUGGCACUCCACUGGAGACCAUGAAGAGAAUGACAAUAUGGAACAUAGAACAUUCAGCAGCACUGAGGCCAUCAGAAAACCAUACGGUCACUGUAGAGUAUUACAAUAUACGCGAGGAGGUGGUGCCUACACCCUACCCAAGUUUCUUCGAAGAUAAAUGGGAUAACAUAUAUGUUAAAAUGCCCUGUUCGCAAUUCAACUUGUAUUCAGUAAAUGUCCAGAAAAGAGGACAAGUGUCUAAUAGUCGGUGGAAACUUAUUGAGUCCAUUCUCAGAACGAUAAAAAACCCACAUGAUGUAAAGGCUGCAAUUCUGGCAUAUAAUGUGUCAUACUCCAAGAAAUGGGACUUCACCGCUUUCACUAACUAUUGUAAGGUGAUGGAUGAUGCUGAGCGUACACAUCUCUACAGGUCCAUUCUUCCUAAUAUGGUUUCAUUGGCUCUCAGGCUCCCUAAUCUCUGCACAAAGCCUAUUCCAUUGCUGAAGAAAAGAAUGAAUCAUUCAAUCACCAUGUCACAGGAGCAGAUAUCUUGUCUUCUGGCCAAUGCUUUCUUCUGCACUUUCCCACGGCGGAAUGCCAAGGAAACAGAUUCUGAGUACUCUACAUACCCGGACAUAAACUUCAACAGAUUGUUUGAAGGAAAAAAUCCAAAGAAAGCAGAAAAGCUGAAAACAUUAUUCUGUUACUUUCACAGAGUUACAGAGAGAGCGCCUACAGGUUUGGUGACGUUCACAAGGCAAUGCCUUAAAAGGUUUCCUGAGUGGGAGAAAUCACCCAAGAAGCUGAGAAAUCUCCACAUUACGUAUGAAGGAUCGAUGGAAGGUAAUGGACAUGGAAUGUUGCAGGUGGAUUUUGCCAACCGCUCUGUAGGUGGUGGUGUGACCGGCUCAGGUCUAGUCCAGGAAGAGAUCCGCUUCAUCAUCAAUCCUGAGCUGAUAGUAUCACGCCUCUUUACCGAAGAGUUAGAGCCCAACGAGUGUCUUAUUAUAACAGGUGCAGAGCAGUAUAGUGAGUAUAAAGGCUACGCUGAAAGCUACAGAUGGGAUCGUCCUCAUAGAGAUGAAACUGCACGAGACAAGUGGCAGAGACGAAGUACGGAAAUUGUUGCAAUUGACGCUUUCCACUUCCAAAAAUAUAUUGACCAAUUUACCCCAGACAUGAUAAAAAGGGAGCUGAACAAGGCCUUCUGUGGAUUUUUCCGUGAAGGAAUCCAGCCAGAGAUGCUGUCUGCAGUUGCAACGGGCAGCUGGGGUUGUGGUGUUUUUGGGGGAGAUCCUAGGUUAAAAGCCUUAAUACAGCUUCUGGCAGCUGCAGAAACCGGGCGAGAUGUUGUAUAUUUCACCUUUGGGGACAAGGAGUUAAUGCAUGAUGUCUAUGACAUGCAUCGCUUCCUUACUGAGCAGGACAAAUCAGUUGGUGACAUUUACAAGUUGCUGUUGAAAUAUAAUUUUGAUGUAUGCAAUAAAUAUUAUACUGCAAGACCAGAACCAAAACUGUACAACUUUAUAUACAACAAUCCCUGAAGCAUUCUGGCAAAAGACUUUUGUAUCAAUUAAGAAAAAAUAUCACUGCUAUAAUCCACCACAGUAACCUGAAUCUGCUGGGAGUGACAUAUGGAUAUGGAUCGUGUAUCCAGUGUAGAUACCAGUGUAUAAAAUGUAAUUCUUUUAGGGCUGUGUUUCUAUGAUUUGACUUUUAAGUAUUACAUUAUUCUGGAAUAUUGUUUCCAUUGAUUUUUAUUAUAUUUCAGAGUUCAUAAUUAUUUUAUUACAUUCUGUACAGGGAUGAGAGCAGAAUUGUGCCACACCAACCACUGAAUGUCCAUAAUAUGUGUGUGCUCUUAGGUGCUACCACUGGCGUAUUUAUAAUGGGUGCAAGGUGUGAGGUGCACACAGGCCCCUGGGGCCAGGGGGGGCUCAGACACUGCACACCCUGCUCACAUUUAACUGUACUUACCUCUCCAUCAGCCCGGCGCUUGCUGCAGAGUGACAAAUAUCACUUGGAAAAUGGCUGCCUUGGCUAUUUUCCAAUGAUUCGCGCAUGCACAAUAGAGAUAUCCCUAGGAACGUGGUGCAAGCGCCAUGUUCCUGAAGACCUGCGCAUGUGCAGUAGACUGGCACAAUGCCAGAGUCUGUUGCACUGCCAGAGAGGAGUGUGCUCAAUUGGAGACUGCACACGGGCCCCUCCUCUGUUAAAGCGCCUCUGCCAACUGCAUAAUCUAAUCUAUAAUACAGCAGCGGCUCAGUAUCAGGGUUGAAAACCACAUGAGAGCAAGCUUUGACCAAUACUGUCGCUGACAAUAGCUAGCCAGUAUCUAGCAGGCCAUCAUUGGGUGAUGUCAUUCAGUAGAAGCAGCUGUGCUUAUAGUUUCCCGUCCCUCUGUACAAUCCUUCCAGUGGAUAUAGCGGCAGUGAUCUGCAACAUACAGGGCUUGCCUCUCUAAUACAAACAGUUAUGACACUCACUUGGCAUGGCAAAUGAAAUGCCGCUGAAUUUAGGGUGCAGAAUGUGACGGUUUUCAAUAAUCUGCCUUGAUCGAUAAUAAAACU